AACAAAGGUGAAAGAGCGAAAAUGUUAGAUAUCAAUCUUUUCAGAAAAGAAGCAGGGCAGGAAAUAAUCCGUGAAUCUCAGCGUCGUAGAUUUGCAAGUGUUGAACUUGUCGAUGAGGUUAUACGCCUCGAUGAAGAAUGGCGUAAACGUCAAUUCGAGCUAGAUAAUUUGAGGAAAGAGCUAAAUAAUAUCAGCAAAGAAGUUAAGAAACUUAAAAACUCUGGUGAAGAUGCUACUGAAAAGAUUAAAAGCACGGAGGAGUAUAAACAGUGCAAAGCAGCCAAGGAUGCUCAAAUACAAGAACUAAAAGAUUUGUUGUAUUCCAAGUUGGAUUUGAUUGUGAAACGAAAAGGUAGAAAAGAUGAAGAUUUCUUACUAUUGAAAAGCUUGAAUUAUAAAAUGAGUUUUCGCUGUGAAUAA